CGACCGCGCGCGUUAGUAACGUUUCGGUAUCGCAACCGCGCGCAACCCGACGCCGCCGCCGCCGGACGACGACGACGACGACGACGAUUACGACGUCGUCAUUGUACAUAAGACGGCAGACCUUUGCGGAGUUCGAGACUCGCGUAUUGUCGACUUUCAUCUCUGAAAACGUCAUACAUAAUAAUAAUAUAUCUUUGCUACUAUCGCCUGAAAUUCCAUAUUUUCGUAUCGCUUCGUUCGUUUUGACGUUCGCAUUAUCGCGGUGUUCCUUGUCGGGGGCUGCGUUCCAAGUCUCGCGCACGACUUCGUUAUCUAUCCUGUCCGACGACUACUCUUGAACAUUCUAUUUCAGUCCACCCGUUUAGAAUAAAUACGUUCCCAUGUGCGUUUGCGUGAGAUUUUGCUAUGGAUUUAAGUAGCCCGCCGAACCGAUAACACGUCGUAUACCGGAAAUCUACGUUUUCCGUGUAAGUGUAGUUAUAUAUUGGAUAAAUGUCGUGUUACAAAUUUAAAAUUUUAUUUUGAAGACCCACAUAAAAAUCAUUAUCUUCAAAUCAAACAUCAAUUUAUUUAAACGCAACUUUUCUCUAUGGAAAUUGAAAUGCGUAAACUUAUUAUACUAUUGUGUAAUUAAGCUCGCUUUUGACAUCUACAACACCUAAUAGGUCAUUAUCUGAAUUCUUCAUCAAGAUUUAGCCAUGGAAGCCGGUAGUUCGGCUUGCGUGGCUUUGGCAUUUUUGGUCAACUACAAUACGUUAAAAGCUGGCUUCGUAUAUGAUGACAGCCGGGCGAUAGUCAACAAUCCGGACGUGACGAGAGCCGCACCGCUGACCGACAUCUGGACCAACGACUUCUGGGGCACGCCGAUCGGGUCGAGCAGCUCGCACGGCUCUUACCGGCCGCUGUGCGUGGCCUCGUUCCGACUGAACCACUGGACAGGUGGCCUGGACCCGAAGGGCUAUCACGUGUCCAACGUUCUGCUCCAUUGCGCCGUCACGUAUCUGGUGUACGCCGUGUACAGGACUCUGAUGCCCGGCCGCCGGCCCGCCGCCGCCGCCGCCGUGUUCGCCGUGCACCCGGUGCACGCCGAGGCCGUGGCCGGUGUCGUGGGCCGCGCCGACCUACUCGCCUGCCUGUUCUACCUGGCCGCAUUCCUGUGCUACACGGCGCACGUCCGGCAUCGGGACAGGACGCCGGAUCCGCGGCGGCGCGUCGUGUGCUGCGAUGCCGGCUGCCAUCGCCGAACGUACCGGUUGGGCUCGGCGGUGCGCACCGUUUUCGCCGCGCUGGGCCUAGGCACGUGCUCAAGCGACCUGGACGGCCUGCCCGGCGGUGUGACCGAGUGUUGCGCUGUCCGGGAAUGGGCUUGUCUGGCGGCCACCGUGCUCAUGGCAGCCGCGUCUAUGCUGGCCAAAGAGACUGGGCUUACCGUUUUGGCUGUGUGCGCUGUGUACGACGUGCUGUUUGCCAGCAAGCAGUCGCCGAACAAGAAUUCUGGUGGAAUGUAUAGAACGCUGGCAAUCCUGUCGGGCGCGGCGGCCGGUCUGCUGUUUGCUAGGAUGUCGCUGAUGGGCGAUGGUGGACCACCUGUGUUCGCGGCAGCCGACAACCCGACCGCCAAGUCGCCCAGUCUGGUAACGCGAACACUGACGUUCCUCUACCUGCCCGCCGAGAACUUCCGGUUGCUUGUCUACCCUCGGAGACUGAGCUUUGACUGGUCUAUGGACGCUAUCACGCCCGUAACUUCGGUCUAUGAUCCCAGGAACGCGUUAUCCAUCGCCCUGUACGUGGCCUUGUUCACCGCGGCCAGGCGGUCCGUCUUAGCUGCGUCCAGGGCCAGACUACAUCAUCACCGGCCUCACAGAUGCUGUUCAAAGACCAAGUAUGAUCGACCAGUCGACCUACCCGAUGACCCGGCAAGAGCCAUGGGACUCGCAGUCGCCAUGACCGCCAUACCGUUCGUGCCGGUGUCUAAUUUAUUCUUCUACGUGGGAUUUGUGCUGGCUGAGCGGGUGCUGUACAUGCCAAGUGUGGGCUACUGCUUUUUGUUUGGGUACGGUUACGCGGCACUGGAACGCCGGUUGGGGCCCAAGUGGCCAAGAAUGGGUCUGAUAGUGGUGCUCACCGUAUACGGUGCUCGGACGGUCAUCAGGAACAAUGACUGGCAAGACGACGAGUCGCUGUACCGAUCGGGCGUGCACAUAAACCCACCCAAAGCCUAUGGAAAUUUGGGCUCUAUACUGAGUAGUCAGGGUCGAUUGGACGAGGCGGAAACGGCGCUGAGGACGGCAUUACAAUAUCGACCGAACAUGGCAGACGUGCAUUACAAUUUAGGGAAUUUACUACGGGAAAAAGGUGACGCUGAAGCAGCCGUGUCAAGUUACAAAAAUGCAAUAAUGUACCGACCCUCGCUAGCAGUGGCGUACUUAAAUAUGGGACAGCUGUUGGCUACGAUGGGCCGAUGUGAGGAAGCAGAAUCCGUGCUGAAGCUGUGCGUUUCACUGGACGGAUCUUAUUCCAAGGAUCCUAUGAACCACGAGACCAGUAGGGUGUCGGCACUGGUCACAUUGGGCAAACUGCACGCAGACAGAGGCAGGCACUCGGACGCGGUGCAGGCCUACAAGCACGCAGUUGCCAUUCUCCCACCGUACUACAACUCUCGGGUACUGUUCAGUUUAUACGGUGAUGCGUUGGCGCAACUCAACAGACACAGAGAAGCCGAAAUGUGGCACAAGGCGGCACUGGAAGUCGGGCCUGAUCAUGUUCCGGCACACUUGAGUUAUGGGAAAUGGCUCGCAAAAAAUAGAACGCGUAUUCACGAAGCAGAAAAUUGGUUUCUACGGGCAAAAAAAUUGGCGCCCGGUGACGCGUCCGUGUACAAACAUUUCGGAGUUUUCCUGCUGGAACAAGAACGGUACUCUGAAGCCGCAUCGCAGUUAGUAGAAGCCGUCGCACUUGAACCCGAAGACUACGACUUGACUGUUACAGCAGCCACCGCGCUUAGGCAGGCGGGCGUGUCGCUCAGGGCUGAGGAAAUGUACAGAAAAGCAGCCAUACUCAGGCCACAAGACGCUAGCAGUCACAGCAAUCUGGGAGCGAUGCUGCACCUGAACGGCAAGCACCGCGAGGCGUUAACCAGUUAUCAAAACGCGUUGAGGAUAUCGCCGGACGACCGGACCACGCUGGACAAUCUCAACAAGCUGAGAAACGUGUUGCGUCGCCGGUCCAGAGCGGCGUGAUGGCGGCUACCACAUCGACGGCCGUGAUAAUUUUACUGUAAUGAUAAUAAUAUAUUAUGUAUAAUAUGAUGAUAAUAUCGACGACGACGAUGACGAGUGUGUGGUUUUGUAUCAAGGCGUAAUUUUCUAUAUUUUUUUUCGUACAUAUACAUAUAUACAACAUAUAUAAUAUAUUUUAAAAAUAUUUUAAUCCUGUACAUAAUAAAUUAUUUACAUACAUUAAUAUAUAUAUAUAUAUAGUAUAUAUACCUAUAAUAUUAUGUAUAAUAUGAUUAAUUUCUAUUAUAUGUAUUACAUUUAUUAUAUUAUAUUAUUAUAACAAUUCUUACAUAAUAUUAUUUCAUAAUAUUGUGUAGUGUACAUAUUAUAAUUAUAUUAAAUUGUAUUUUAUUUGUAUUGUUUCUACUAUUAAUAUAUAAUAUUUACGUAUAAGCAUUAAGCAUAUUUAUAUACAUUAUAAACUUAUGUACAAAGUGGCAAAAACGUAUGGUCUUCUUCUGCAUGGAAUUCAAAUUCAGCGGACCACUCGCAAUAUUACGAUAUGUAUACUUGAAACUGCCGAUUUUCUAGGAUGACUAAGCUGUGAGUUGACAAUAUAGGCUUAUUAUCGGUAUAAAAUAUAUUCUUUAACAUUUUUUAGUAGCGUAGUCUUACAAAAAAAAUCAUGUACAUCACUGCAUUUUAGCAUUUUUAUUAUGAUCGAGCUCAGUAGUACUCAUACAAAUUCGAAUUCGAAUUUAUUAAUAUUAAUACUAUGUCGCGUCAUAUUUAUCAGGCACUACGAGACAAUGUAAUAUUAUCUUAUUUGUGAUUUAAUUUACCCCCACCCAACAAUAUAGCUUCUAAAACGUUCCUGGAAAAAUCGGCAGUUUUCAAUAAAAGAAAAUGCUCCGACGAAUACGAAUACUAACCUACACUUGCAGGAGACCGUGUCUUUUUCCGACUUUGUAAGUAAGUAAGUAUAACAUUUACAUAUUGUACAAAAAUCAAUAUAAAUAAUAUAAAUUUAUUUUUGUUUCUAUAACUUUAAUAAUAUUAUAAUAUUCUAUAGUCAGGAGUGACAAACUAAACGUGCCGAACUUAGGUUUAUGAUAUUUAUUUUUUUUUUACGAUCAUCCACCGGAAAAUCGAGGGGAAACGUAAAGAGUGAAAGGGAUCCGAUACUGUUUAAACGCUACCGUGGUUUUCCGAGUAUAUACCGGCAUUACAGUACACCACAUUUUUUCUAAUAUUUUCAAAUACAUUUCUCGUUUCAUCUUGAACUGUGUAAACAGUGGUCUUUGAUUUUUUUUUUUAAGUUCCGGGAAUAAUGGUUGCCUAACUUCUAUAAAUAUAUCAUCAACAUUAUUUACUUACGUUAAUGCUUAACCAAUAAUUUAAAAAGUUAUUUAAAAAAAUAAAUAAAUAAAUAAAUAUUAUCUCGCAUUUUCAACGCCAUCGUCCAAUCAUUCGAACUUGACUUAAUAUUUUUCUAAUGAGUACUUUUGUUCCGUGCGCGCACGCGAGUGUCGUGCUCGAAAUGUUUUUCUUUUAUCAUUACCAUUAUUAUUAUUAUUAUUAUUAUUUUUUUUUUUUAUUUUUUUUUUACAUUUCAUAGCUUUGUUGUAACUGUCGCGUUAAGAGCGAAUAUUCAUUCAAUAUUUUUAUCAUUAUUUUCAGUCCACUGCAAGACAAUAGGGAGGGGAAUGUACUUAUUUUUCGACAUUACAUUUCAUUUUAUUUUAACUGUGUGUAUAAUAUAUUAUUAUGAACGUAAUAUAAAUUAUCAUAGUAUUGUAUGCGUAUAUAUCUAUGUGCAAUAUGUCAAAUGAUUAAUGUUUUUAAGAUAGACCUUAACCGACCGACCGACCUAACAUUUUUUUUUCCACGGCCGUCUCGAUUUAUUUUUUUAAUCCAUUUUCGUAACAAAAAUGAUUUAUAGCGUGUAUUAAUAAUAUAAUUUAUAUUUACUAAGACCGUUGCGUGGUGAUAUCGUCGCUCAACCGUCGGCUGGAAAAAACGGUUUUCUCGGUUUUCUGGAAUACCAAAAAAAAAAAAAAAAAAAAUUCACCAUCUUCGCUUUCUAGCCAACGAUAUUCGUGAUAAUCGAUACGCCGCUACCGCGCUGUCCGCAAAUCGUAACUUCGAUAAUGCAACGAUGUAACAUACCUACGCCUAAUGUAAUAAAUUGCGUUAACGCGACGUCGAUUUAUUAAAUUUUAGAUUUUAUUAUGGCGCUUCGUCGACAUUCGGACUCAAAUUCGAGUUACGUAUUAUAGCCAUACAUAAGUGCAUAUUAUAAUAUGUUUAUAAUAAUAUUAUAUGUAACGCGAUUCAUUGAAUACACGAUUUAUAGAUAGGAGUCGUACAAUUACACAAACAUACAAAUAAUAAAUAUAUAUACAUUUAUUCAUGUGAUUUAUAUAAUAUUUAAAAAAAAAAAUAUUUGAUAUUUUGUACAUUUCGUGUAAAGACAAUAAAAUUAAGACGUCUCAUGA